UACGAUUCAAUCCUCUCAAAGUUACCCACUCCAACAUAACCUCCAGUUUCCACCCUCUAUAAAUUUCAAAAAUCGGAAAACCACUGUAACCUCAGGAAACAAAAAAGGGGAAGAAGAAUACUCUUCUUUGUGUGACGAGAAAGCCAUGGCGAUUACGAUACCGGAGAAUCUAACCAGAGAGCAGUAUGUGUACAUGGCCAAGUUGGCGGAGCAGGCGGAGCGCUAUGAGGAGAUGGUCCAGUUCAUGGAGAAGUUGGUCGCCAACUGUACUCCGGCCUCCGAGCUCACUGUGGAGGAGCGGAACCUUCUCUCUGUGGCCUAUAAGAAUGUGAUCGGCUCGUUGCGUGCUGCCUGGAGGAUUGUUUCCUCAAUCGAGCAGAAGGAGGAGGGUCGCAAGAACGAGGAGCAUGUCGCGCUUGUUAGAGAGUACAGAUCUAAGGUGGAGACUGAGCUCUCCGCUGUGUGCGCUGGUAUACUGAGGCUGCUUGACUCCAGUCUGAUACCGUCGGCUCCGGCAAGCGAGUCCAAGGUGUUUUACUUGAAGAUGAAGGGGGAUUAUCAUCGCUACUUGGCGGAGUUCAAGAUUGGGGAUGAGAGGAAAUCUGCUGCUGAGGAGACGAUGCUCGCUUAUAAGGCGGCUCAGGACGUUGCAGUUGCUGAUCUAGCUCCAACACAUCCUAUAAGGUUGGGACUGGCACUAAAUUUCUCAGUGUUUUACUAUGAGAUCCUCAAUUCAUCUGAGAAAGCUUGUAGCAUGGCAAAACAGGCCUUUGAGGAAGCCAUUGCUGAGCUGGACACUCUGGGUGAGGAAUCCUACAAGGACAGCACUCUAAUCAUGCAACUGCUGAGGGACAACCUCACUCUCUGGACUUCUGAUGCACAGGAGCAAAUGGAUGAGGCAUAAGCUGUUUGGUUGUUAUGCUUCACCAGGAAGGUGGGCUCAGAUGAUCUGUAUUCAGAUUUUUCAGAGCAGCUGUGUGCAUAAAAUGUAUUGUUAAUGAUAUUUAUGUGUAAUCUCUCUUAGUAGGACCUUAUGAUUUCCAACCAAAAACCUCUCAAACUUGCUUUGAUGUCAAGAAUAUCUAUGUUCUUUUCACAAUCAGCGGAAUUUCCACAUAUUUGGGACUGUGAUGACUGUCUUAUCACUCUUGGUCGUCUCUUGCCAAGGAAUGUGACAUGGGAAUAAGACCAUGCUGAACAGUGUAUUGAUAUGGGGCUUGAAUUUUUUGAAUCUGGACUUGAAUCACAGGGUACUCAAGAUCU